AUGGAGGACAUGGCGUUGCUACUGGGCUCUUCAGCUACAAAACAGCGAUUAGCAGGAGUCACGGGUCUCUUGGAGCAAUUACGUAAACAAAACGCGGUCCCUGAGGUCUCAGCCAUGCUCUUCUCUCAUGUAUUGCCAUGUUUACGUGAUCACAAUUCAAAAAUUGCUUUGGGUGCGCUGGAAGUGCUCCAGCUGCUGGUCGCUCGUGUGUCAGAGAACACGCUGCGCUCGUCUUUUAAGCUGUUAUGGUCGAGCCUCAUGGAACGACUGGGAGACAAUAAAUUGCACAUUCGGGAGAAGGCAGUGGACGUUGUGGUGGAGAUUUCUGUCGUGCUGGACGUGUUGAUUGUGCUGGAAAAGCUUCAGCUUUGUAUGAAGCAUAAGAACUGGCGUACACGCGAGCAGAGUUUGCAUGCAGUUUGGAGGUGUUUGGAGGAGCACAAGCUGUUUAAAGAGAGGCAGGACGAGCUGUUGAAAGAUGUACUAAAAUUGCUGGAAGACUCAUCAAAAGAUGUGCGUGAUGCAGCAAUGGUGACGCUGGAGAAAUUUUACACGUAUAUUGGUCCAUCCUUUUUGAGCGACCUACAGGACAAGGUCAUUCGAGCGGGACAUAUGGCGACGUUGGAAAAGAGAUUUGAUCGGAUUCCGCUUUGUGGUCAAAAUCUCGAUUCUGUUGCAAGUGCAGUGUCAUCGCACGACGUUGUUUCGAAAUUUAAGGGUGCUUCCGCUCCUAAUAGUGGUGUUACAGAUGCGUUGUCAUCGAUGUUGUCGUCAUACGAUCUGCAGGCUACCUCGUCGUCGUCAUCAUCGGUGGCAAGGUAUUUGGAAUCCGUACGACAUCGAACUUUGAAAGAGGCAAAGGAUGCUGCUGUUUCAGCGGGUAGGGAACGGUCUCCAUCGCAAGAAUCCUCUGAAAGUAGUACGAUCGUUCAAGCUACAAAGUCUUUUGGAGCAAAUAGCGACAAUAUGGCUGACAAAGAAAUUCAAAAGCAAGUUGGAGUGAUAUUUGACAAGCUUCAGCUUGACAACGAAUGGGAUAAACGUGUCGAUGGGUUGAAGAUGCUCCAGAAACUAACAAAUCGAUGCACCAAAGCGUCGAACAGCGAAGCUGCUAUCACAUCCCUAUCUCAGGCUCUACGCCCAAUUCGUGAGAGAUUGUGCGAACAAGUUACCGAUUUGCGGUCAUCUGUGUCCAGAGAAGCUUGCGAGACAAUCCAAACCCUCGCAAAAACGCUUCGUGACGAGUUCAAUGCUCAUGCAGAGAUUUGCUUAGGUAAUCUACUCAAAGCAACGUACGUGACAAUCCAGGUGAUCUCGACCGCAGCGGAUACAACGAUUCGAACCAUGAUCAAAAGUACAAGCAACGGCUAUACGCGAGUGAUCCCCAAAUUGAUCGAGUGUGCGAAAUCUCGGAACCAUGUGUUGCGAUACAAUGCGGUGUGCUACUUAACUCUGACCCUUCAGCAAUGGAGCAUCAGUGUUCUCAGCAAGCACUCGGAUUUGUUUGUGCCGAUAAUGCCAGCUAUUUUACGAGAUGCGCUGGGCGAUGUGCGUGCGCAGUCAAGAAAAUGUUACUGGUCUUUUCACUAUCUCUUUCCGAACGAGGCUGAAAGUGUUUUUGCUCGCUUGGAUGGAUCAACGCAAAAGAAUUUGAAAGACGAUUCCUCAAAAUUUACGGCAAAAACGGCGCGCCAGACGGAUUAUACUUUGCUAGAUACACCAGUGUCACAAAGUGGCGAUGUUGAGCUUUCGGCGCUUCGAUCUACCAACGCGCCUCAGCCACCAAUUAGCGCCCCUGCAGCAUUCUUUUCGGUAACCUCCAGUAAUGAUGAACAGCACGACAUUGCCUCAGAAGAAUCGGCUGCCGGAAAACAACCUAGGCGGAUAUUUGGAGGAAGCUCAAGUGAGCUUGAAGUGGAUGCUGCUGAGAAAGGCACAAAAACUUCGCGAAUGCUUACACAGGGCCCAAUGCGUAUUGGACUUGCAGCGAAAUCUUCAGCCUCGAAGGGUGGUUCUGUUUCAACGAAUGAAGCGAAAAAGAGCGCUGCGACGGGUCCGCUUCGAGUGCGGUAUGCACCAAACUCGUUGCAGCCAACGAAUGAAGCGGUUGAGAGCAUGUACGCAUCGCGACAAGAAUCAUCGACUGCCGAAUUUCACACCAGUUUGAAGCAGGUCUCAAAGGUGCAACGAGUUCAGCGUGCAGUAGAAGCUCAAGCUCCGGCUUCGAUGGAUAUUGACGCGAGUGAAGUUGCUGGUCCAAAACGAUUUCCAAUUGCAUCUAUGCCAUCACCAACUGCGUCAAAUGUAUCGAGCCCCAGGCCUAAUGUCUCAUCGAGGGGCGAUUCAGGCGACAAUAAACUUAAACGAGUAGCACCCAUCAAAUCAUUUGAACGACCCAAGGUUGCGCCGUUGCUAGUUGCAGAUCAGCUUGAGGAAGCACUUCGGAACAUCGAAAGCACAUCGUGGUCAAAUAGAUUGGAAGCUGCUAAAUAUAUUGGGAAAUUGCUACAGAAGCGUGACGAGCAGACCACCAGCGGUACAAGUGGAGAUCGCAAGGUGGACCACCGGAUCUUGAUGGCGUUUAUGAAGCAUUUGAGUGAUGCUCACUAUCGCGUCUCACAGUGCGUGCUGAAGAACUUUUUGCCACUGCUAAAGCUAUUCAACGACAACCAGAUACUCAUUCCUCAUUUGAAGACCAUUCUGUCAAAGCUGUUCCAAAAGUUUAUCGACACGAAGGAAUCCGUGCGGGUGGUUGCUAAAGAGAAUUUGGAACACAUUGCAUCGACAUUUGAUAGCUCGACACUGGCUGCAACAGUGAUAUCAAUACUUGGAGAUGGAAGCAAUAUGAAAGUCAAAGCCGCGAUGUGUCACUAUUUGCGCGACCUGUUGCCUAAAGCGGAAGGAUAUAUGAGUAACGGUGCUAACAACAGUCACAUGAGGUCAUUUCUGCUCAAGAUCGCUUUACUCAUGGAUGCUGACGUCCCAGUUUCUGUUUCAUCGGCGUGUGGUGAACUAGUCUCAGUUAGUGCUCAGCAUUACGGUCCGGAGAUGGAGGCAGCACUAGGAUUGCUUCCCCCAUCGAAGCGUUUGGUUGUUGCCAAGGUGCUCCAGUCCAAAAGAAUUGGUCUCAACAAUAGCAACUCUCAGAAGCCACCACUUUCGUCAGCCCCGCGCCCUUCUCAAUUACAGAAUGUGGAUAAUGACAACCAGAGCACGACGAAGCACCUAGCAUCUAAAGUAGAGAGAAGCCGCAAGCGACCAGAGUCACCGAACGUGGAUUUAUUCAGCUCUUCUCGACAGAGCAGCCAAAAGCGGAUCAACACAACGUUUCAAUCAACCACCGAGGAUCAGAUGAUCGAUGCUCAGACAAUCAGCCCAGCAGGUACUCGACAAGUUAGCGAGGUAGUUGUCAAUACGUCAUUGCCUGAGAGGAUAUCACUCUUUAGUGAGUUGCGUCCAUCCGGCGGAGCUUGUGUGGAUAAGUGUGGAACCCAACUCGAAGACAUCCUUUGCAUCCUCGAGCAACAGAAUUUAUCGGAGGCAGAGAUGAAGCACGCACUUUACGAGACUUUGCAUUUUAUCAAGACUGGAUCAUCCGACACCUGGGAUCGCUGUUUCGGCCGGCUACUUUUACUGCUACUAGAUGCUGCUACCGGAAAAAACGUAAGUGCAUUGAAGGUGUUACAGAAGCUUGUGGUAGCGCAGCCUUCUCGGGCACAACUGUUUUUUGAGCUGCUUCUUCAACGUUUAAUAGACGCAAUGGGCAACGAAAGCGAUGUGGCUGGUCACUUGAUUGAGCGCAUUUUGCACAAUGUAGUGAGCACGGCCGACGACAAGCAGCAGUCACUAGCAACACUCAUUCCGCUACUUUCAAGCAGAGAGCCACCAGCGUUACAAGUGGUACUGCGUCUUAUCAAGGUGUGCUUGCAACAAUGCGAACGAAACUCAUUUGAAGACGUGACGUUCUUGCGCAAGGAUGACAUGGUCGAUCAAACUUUGAGCGUCCUGGCAAAGUGUCUCAACCACUCGAGCUCGAAUGUUCGGAAAAAUGCAGUGGACUGCCUGGUCGCCUUUCAUUUUGCAGUCAUGGAAGAUGGUCCAAUUGUCCCCACAUUUCUCGCUACAAAAGUCGACGAUACCCAGCAACGACUUGUAGAGAUUUUCAUCGAUCGUGCCAAGAUGGAACGACAUCACAUUGGACGAUUAUCCAUUGACCGACCGACUUAG